UUUUAAAAACCCUCCCCCAAUCAGCCCUGUCACUGGAAGGGCUUAUUAGAAGCUACAAGGUAGCCAUCGUUUCGUAGUAGCAUUGGUCAACGUUUGACCCAUCGCUGAUAUUUUUACAUAAUUAUUUUGGAAGCCUAUUUAUUUGCACAGAAAUUAAAUUAAUUCUGAAAGCCAAAUAGAGUUCUAUUUGAUCGAACACGACUGUAUUCUUCCGCUGGGUAUUUUCACAUUACGUGGAGGGAUCUAACUAACUUUUGCAGACAUCAAAACAGGCGCUGUCUAGUUCGCCACUGGCCGUCUAUUUAUAUUCUGUUCGGAUUUUUUUCUUCAGCCCCAGCCCAUAUUUAGAUGGCAAGCUUCCCAGAUUCGGUACAAGAAAAUGAUUUAGGAAAGGCAAAGUUCAUUGGAGAACUCCUUGUGCCUGUUGCUCCUUUUGACCACAAGACUGGCCGUGAGACUUGGACUGUAGCCUUUGCACCCAAUGGAUCCUACUUUGCUUGGUCUCAGGGACAUCGCAUUGUCAGACUCAUUCCAUGGACAAAGUGUCUGAAGAACUUUUCAAUGGGCCAUGGUGGUAAAGGCACCGAUGCGUCCAGUCCUCGGCACGUGUCCCAUCACAACAGCGAGGGAGAGCACGCCAUCUCCAUGGCCAGCGAGCCCCUCGAACAUACCAUAGACUGUGGUGAAAUUGUCUGGGGACUGGCCUUUGGUUCUUCUGUGCCCGAAAAACAGAGCCGCUGCGUUAACAUCGGGUGGCACCGCUUCAAGUUCGGCCAGGACCAGCUACUGCUGGCGACAGGCCUCAGCAACGGUCGCAUCAAGAUUUGGGAUGUUUACACUGGGAAACUGUUGGUAAACCUGAUGGACCACACUGAUGUAGUGCGACACUUGACUUUUGCUCCCGACGGCAGCCUCAUGCUGGUGUCUGCGUCAAGAGACAAGACCCUGCGCGUGUGGGACCUCAAAGACGAUGGUAACAUGGUGAAGAUUCUGAGAGGUCAUCCUAAUUGGGUGUACUGCUGUGCCUUCUCCCCCGAUUCCAAAACCCUGUGCUCAGUCGGCAUGGGGAAAGCAGUAUUUCUGUGGAACAUGGAUAAAUACACAUUGAUAGAGAAGCUGGAAGGGCACCACAAUGAUGUGGUUUCCUGUGAGUUUUCACCAGAUGGGGCACUCUUAGCCACUGCCUCUUAUGACACCAGGGUGAUCGUGUGGGACCACCACAAGGCCUCUAUUCUCCUCGAACUGGGUCAUUUGUUCCCACCUCCCUCACCCAUUUUUGCUGGAGGUUCAAAUGACCGCUGGGUUCGCUCUUUGGCCUUCUGCCCUGACGGCCGUCACAUUGCCAGUGUCACUGAUGACAGGCUGGUGCGUUUCUGGAGCAUUGAGGAAAGGGCUCCUCAAGCCAUCGCUCCUCUGUCUAAUGGCCUCUGCUGUGCCUUUUCUGCUGAGGGAAGUGUUCUCGCCGUUGGGACACGGGACGGUAGCGUGCACUUUUGGGAGUGUCCCCGGAGCGUGGCCAGCCUGCAGCACAUGUCCAGGAUGGCUCUCCGCAGGGUGAUGACCACUCAGCAGGUCGAGUCUUUGGCCAUCCCCACACCCCUCCGAGACUACCUGAUCUACAGAGUUGUCUGAAUCUCUGCCCCGCUUGUUCUUUUUUUAUUUCUAUUUUUAUUUUUUUUUGCUUUCUUUCAGUUAAAAAAUGAUCACACGAUUGUUUUUGAACAGA